CCGCCGACACUGCUCGUAGUCGAAAAACGAAACUCGGGGUUAAAUUUGGCAACAGGUACACGCCAUAGCGAACAUGGAUGAUCAAUCAUUUCUCACCCAUUUACAAUUAAGCUUACGUCGACUGUUCCGAUAGACGAUUGUAAGAUCUAAAUACAUUCAAUUAUACUGUUUGUUUUCUGCGGCUCUACCAUCGUACGAUGCAUUCAACGAAUCAUCAAGCCCCCUGGUCUCAGACCAGGACCCUUGUCUCGAGCCCCUCUAAAAUGUCUGUUUCUGCCGUAGAGGGAACUCUUCCCUCGAACCUCUUUUCUGUCUCGCGGCAGCAGCUUGCUUCGUCGCCGGGUUCCGGCUAUCAAUACCGUGAUUUACUACGCCCUGCAAAAAGGCUUCCGCUACCCCUCUCUCCGCUAGAGCAAACGGCUAUGGUGCUCUCAAGUGGAUGGCGUGCUCUGAUACGCUGUUGUCAGCCGGUGCUCGCGACCCCUAACGUGAGUGCCUCUGACAAGCAAGAGCUUGCUCCCUCCUUCGUCGGCCGCGUCGACGAAGAGGAACUAAACUUGGAGUCAGAGACCAAAGUAAACUACCGCGUCCAUGCUACACUGCAAGGAGACAUCUGCUGGACACCGAGUACGGCGAGCGAGGAGUUCGACCCGGAGUCCCACUCUUGCGCUGACGAUGCAGUCAUUGUUUCGUCAUUUGGGAUCCGAGUCGACGCCGCGGAACUGGAUCUGGACCGAGACGCUGACAUCGUCUAUGAUUCUGCGUACGAAGCAGACAACGAAGAAGACGCGUGGUCAGAAACAGGGUCGGAAGAAGACGCGGACGAAUCUCCUAGAAGUAGCGAGGUCUUGACUCAAGCUGACGAAGAUGGCCAGAGUUUCGAAGGAGACCUUGCUACUACGAACUUCGUCGCGUCGACGCAGACAGGCGAAGACUUCUCUGGAGACGAAUGGGAAAUUCCUGAGGAGAUUUCACCAGCAGAGGGGAUGACGACGAGGACACCAACACCUCCAGGAGGAUCACCGGGAGAUUGCUGCGGAGAUGGAAAUGAGGAAAAAAUCUUCGGUCGAUUCGCAGCCCUCCACGAGAAGGAGCAACCCGUGUGUCAAUCUCUGAGUCAACUGCCCAGAGACAUGCAGGCGCCUCCUUUGGAGCAGUCGGUUCAAGCGUCGAAGUUGUCGCAGCGGUCCUCCAGCCGACCUUCAGCCAAGCUACCACCGGAAAUGUUGCCCUUCAUCGCCCCUCAUCCGCAAUGGUGCCGUCGCUUCGCCUAUGACUUCAAAACGCCAGCGAAGAGUCUGUCCAUGGUGCCGCAACCCGAGCUGUCAUUCUACGACGCGGUGGUUGUGGAGCGGCACCGGGUUGCUCCUGACGGAAAUUGUCAAUUCCGUUCCGUCAGCUACGCGUUGCUAGGCACAGAGGAUGCCCAUGCGGAAAUCCGGCAAGAGGUGGCGCACUACCUGAGGGGCAACUUUAAUCGGCUUAGCUGGCUGAUAAACCCGGACACACUGGAGGAAGACGAGGGGAGAAUGGCUCGACUCGACAAGAAAUACAGAGUCAGAAUUCCGUACAAAACCUACAAAGGUUAUCCCUUGGCAGAAGACGAGCUCAAACUUAAUUGGGUUAUCAGGCUUGGAGACGCACGAUACAGGAUCUGGGGUGACGAGUGCACUCUCGCUGUGAUGGCGGAGAUGUACAACAUCCGGAUCGUUGUUGAGCAACAAGAAGGCGACGGGCGUCGGGCAACCAAAAUGGGUUCGCAUGCAGUCCAGGUUAUCAUACCAUACGAUGUGGUUCCUGAGGCAUGCAUCCCGACGAUUUUCCUGAUCUACGACCUUCAGCGUCAACACUACGACGUGGUCGAAAAGGUCAAACCCAGGUGA